UCGAAACACAUCGUCGUGAAGUUGUUUUAAAGUUUUACAUACUAAGUUUCUUGAUACAUGGCUUAGCUCUCCUCAGUAAUAACCGUCGAAGUUGGUUUACACUAUGGUCUGUGCAAUCGAAGUGGCUCAUAUAAACAAACAGCAAACAUGUCCAGGAAACUUUUCAAUGUUGGUGUUUUGCGUGUUUAUGUUGUGGUCGUAGCAGAAGAGAAGACUGGCAGAAAGCAAAGAGCAAAGCAUAGAAAUCGAUAGGAAUGGCUGCAAUUCCUGUUCAACUUUCUGAGCUAGAAAUGCUGCAAUCUAUGUUUAGCCACAAUGAAUUGCGUAUCACACCUAGCCUAUUGGAUGAUAUGAAACAAUAUGUAGAUUCACCCCACGCAACACCACCGCUUGUGUCAUUCAUUAUCAACCUUGAUGUAGAGAUUAAGCUGGAAGUUAGUGUUACUUUGCCACCUGAUUACCCUGCUGUCGAACCAGAAAUGUUUGUGCGAAGUGAAUUACUAGACAAGCAGCAGCAGGCUACAAUAAAUAAAGAACUUUAUCAGUUUAUAAGCAAUUUGGAAAGAGGAGAAGUAUGCAUUUAUUCGGCAGUAUCAUGGCUACAAGAAAAUGCUCUCAGAUUUAAACAAAAUAUACCUGUCGACUCUUCUACUGUUAAAAUUAACACAGAGAAACUUGUCAGGAUUUGGAUUUACUCACACCACAUUUAUAACAAGGAUAAGCGCAGGAAUAUUUUGGCGUAUGCCUCACAACACUGUUGUGCUGGCUUUAUGUUACCAGGUCGACCUGGCAUAAUUUGCCUUGAAGGAUUCGAAGAGGACUGUGAUGAAGUGUGGAGAAAGAUAAGAAGUAUGAAUUGGAAAAAAAUCAUGCUGAAGAAAAAAGAAGAUUGCUUGGAACGAUGUUUUUCCUCUUUUGAAGAAACAUCGUUCAACAAGUGUAAAGAUGAACGACACAUGGAUAUGGGUGAAUUUUUUAAAUACCUUGAAAACCACAACUGUGGUUAUAUUUUUAAAGAGUAUUUUGGAGUGGAUGGCAAAAUUCCGACUGAGGAUGAUUAAUUUGUACAUACAUUUAUUAAUAUCAAAUAAUGAGAAUGGACCGGCAACACAGGGUUUAUUGAGUUUGUCAUUUUUGUGUUAUUAAAAGACAAUAACUUAA